AUGGUGGAAAGACAGGAUCCUGUGCUCUCCCAGGAGAAGGCAAUCUUGAAAGAAGAACAACCAGAUUUCCACAAAGAUAUCUAUCCACUGUUGACUGCAGCUUUUUCAGAUGUUGCUGAUAAGGUGAUUGUUGUUGAAGUUCAAGAUUUGCUGCUAGAAAAUAAAUUCCAACACCCAUCCAUCACAAAGGACCCAGGAGGGAACGCAGCAACAGAAGAAAGCUCCAAAGAACCAUCACUGAUUAGUUGGGAACAAACUGUGAGUCCUCCGAUCAGCCUCAGGGGUCUAGGUAUGCCACUCACUGCCCACGGGACUUGUUCUCCUCCCUCCCUUUUUUCCUUUUCCAGAAUCUUCCAUAGCUGUAAAGUCAUCGUAACAAUAGCACCCUCAGCCACCUGCCUGGGUAGUAGUGAAGAUCACCUAAGAGAAUGGCUACAGGAGUCCUUCAUGAACUCACCCCUUGGACAAACGUCCACAGGGAUGAAAAUGUCCAUCGGGUGUAGCAGGCAGAGCACACACUCUGGAGUUUGGGGGCCUGGGUGGGACCCCAGGGCCCGCCAGCUGCUGAACCUGGCUCAGGUAUUUACUCCUCCAAGCCUGUUUGCUCAUGUCACCACAGAGCCUGCAAUGGUGGACGGCUGCCUGGCCGAGGAACGGAGCAGCGAUGCCUUCAUCAUAAGGCAGAAGAUUGAACAAAAUUGUGCCCAGCCCAUGUUCGCUAAACCCCAGGAAUCUGUGAGCACCUUCAUAACAUUUGUCACAUCAGCACUUUAAAUGUUUUCAUUUACAUUUGGACUUUAGCCAUGGCUAAAUAAC